UCGUCUGGCUUCAGCAGAACAGACGGCACCCCCCUUACCAGCUUAAUUCUGCGGUCUUCGCCCCUCGAAGACCCGCGCCCAGCGACUCUCCAUAUGCUUCUCCUUCCGCUACUUCACGAACUCUUACGUCCUUAUGAAACCACCGCGCUGUAUGGCGUUCCCGCAGGUCUUCCCGACGCUGCUCUCGUAUUGUUUUUUGUUCCGCUCUCGACGAUGGCUUUCUGCUCUCUUCCGAAUGAUGCCCCUGCUAUUGCUUCUGCCGUUAUUGUUUGUUCUCAUCAUCGCUGCGGCAAGCGAGGGCGGUUUAACGAAUAUCCGGAUGGAAAUGGGGGAGGGGAAGGGCCGCUUCUAGACGACGCCGCGGGAAAUGUUUGCAUGUCUCGAUUUCUGUUAUACAAUUUUAUCUUUCCAUGAAGAAACGAGAUUCCGUCCGCUUAAUUGAUCUCCAUCAAUCGUGCCGCCCACAGAUCUUCUGUCCCAUGUGACCUUUUCCCAUCUCGCCCUCUUUUCCUUUCGCCUCGCCUUUCCUGCUCUGCUGUUCCCA